UAAACCCUCUCGUUCGCCCCGGUUUGUAACAGUCGUUGUCAACAUUUCCAUGUGAUCUGUGCUAGCCUUCUACCAGGGAGUUCAACCUGAUUCUCGCACUGUUUAGGCCUAAGCCACUGUGUUUCAUACCUUUGAUUCGUGUCAACGAUAUUGUUUGUUCAUUGUGGAUUACACAUCGUUUGAUUCUUGGAACAUACACUAACCUGACGGUGAUCGUGGACCUUCAAUUUAAUAAUUUUAAGGAAGUUCUCAGUUCAAAUAUAUCCGUCGUUAGAUCUUCUUUUUACUCACGACGCUGACAGAAGUUCACUUGUUAGAUCUACAUUGUUGUGAGUCUUCAACUUACAAGUUCAUCCUCGACAACACACAGUCUCGGUUCGUGUGUUAGCCGCACCACCAGCAAUCGAUAACUCGUCAUCGUCUGGGCCGGCACACACAGGGUAGGCAAGGAUUUUGCAAGUCAGUAGUGUGGUACCCGGACAUCGCUGCUGCCAUCCGUCACAGCAGUCGCAGAGCUCACUCAAUCAAUACCCGCAGCAGCAGCAGCAGUUUUAUCAAGCAGCAUGAAAUCGGUAGCAACAGAGAGGCCGAGAGCUGGAAUUCUCGGUGUGAAGAAAGACGCCAACUGCUCCAUCAUGAAAACCACAAGCACAGGAAUUGAGUUCCGAGGAGAGAAAUUCACAUUGAGCGAAGAAAUGAGGGAAUGUUUCCUCCAGCUCAGCAACAUGGUUCCAGAAGUUCCCCGGAAUGAGGAUGGCAACAUCGACGGCACAGUCCUCAUGCAGUAUGUCAUCGAUUAUAUCCUAGACUUGGAGUUACAGCUCGGAGGUGGUCAAAGUCCCUUUUCCCCCGCCGCAGCCUUCACAUCAUCGUUACAAGCAAGACUUGUCGAAUCUGCAAAUUGUCGGGAUUCUCGGGAACCUUUGUCAGAAAAAUCUAUAGACAACAUUGUACACACUCAGAUUCCCGCCUCCUCAUUGCACCUGUCAGAAUCUUUAGUCCAAAGAACGACAGAUUGUGACAUAAGGCCGCCCUCCAAAUGAGCAGCGUUUGUCAACACUUACACAUAUAUACUCAAAAACAACAUGAAGCAGCUGUGAUCCUUCAAUACAAGAAAUCUUGACCUGCGACAGUUCACCCCUCGCCUGCGCUUUAACCCACCCAGUUCAUCUUUUUGGCUGUGUCCAAUCACAAGAAUUGUGCAGACCAACAGAAAGUGUGAGGACGACAAGGCCAAGAGCAGACGCGAGACAAAGGUUUUCCCGCUCUGGUGACGUCUCCGUCUACAUGUAUCAUACCCUCCUCAUAGGGUUUAUGGAUAUACAAGCAAGGGUUUCGGUUUCUUUCUUUUUCUUUUUUUUUUUUCAAAAAUCAAAGCCCUUGUCUUUUGCAAUAAACGUGCCAACGUCUGAACUGAUGUUGCGAUGCCUGGAACUUCACACAGACUUUCAGCUGAUUCCCAAAGUGAUCGCCCUUGUUUCCACGACGUCAUGGCUCCUCGAGGGUGAUCAAAGCAGUCACGUGACAAAUUAUACGCCGUGUGGAUGAAGUCAGUAUUGGUUUUUUGGACGCCAAGUGACGACAAUAUAAUGGAUUCCGUCUGCAGAGGGGUGGACAUUUUUGCCGCAUCACGUGUGUGACGUCACAUGACUUAACUUUUAUGUUUUUUUAUGGAUUCUAUAAUGCCAUUGUCUCACCGAUUUGAGUUCAACAAAGACUGAUCAUCCCUUUCAAGAUUGGAUUAUUCAAUGUAGACAUCUGAAAUUUGGCUUGUGUGAACGCUUUAUUUUGUUUCAAUAUUUUCUUUUGUUAGAUCAGUGUGGUAACAUGGCCAUCCCAGCUUUAUAACAUGUGUUUAAGAAGAGAUAGAGCUGGUGGGUUUUUUUUGGAAUAGAUUGAAUGCAGUUUCAAAUUUAAUGCUUUCUUUUACUAAUGAGUCAAAAGUUACUGUUCUGUGAUGCAACAAAACGAUAUCUAGUCUCACAAUUUGGUGUUAAGUAAUUCCUCUUUUGUCUUCAUAGAAAAGAUGCCAAAACUCUGUAAAAGAACAUUCCAUUUCCUUGAAACCAGAGCCAGAAUACUAAAAUUACACAACCAGUUUCCCUAAAAAUACAAAGUUAGAUUUCCUUAUCAUGAACAGUAAAGCAGUUUGAUAUUCACUUAAUUCACAGAUGAUGAGAUUGUCUGUACUUCCAUUGAUACAUUUUGACACAACAAGAGAAGUUUAGUUUGUAUUUUUAUUUUUCUGACCUUUCGGAAAAAGUAGCAUUUCAUUUCAGUUCCUCUUUAUUUCCCAUUGGUUACAAAAGAUCAAAUGGUUCUUUUGGUUUUUAUAUAAGUUGAUUCUCAAAUAUGUGAGCUGUUUUUUCUUCCUUUAUUAUUAUAUCAUGACCACCGAUUCAAGAUUGAAUGUUGUUAUGAAUAGCAUACAUUCAAAUGAUUAGUUUACUCCCAGUUUUUUCUCAGUGGAGAGCUUUGAUGCCUUUUCAGGUCCUGGGGGCAUGUGUGUGAACUCACAUUAGUUGCUUCGUCACAACGUGAACAGAUCAGUCUACUUAAGAUAAUUGUUUACAUUCAGAAUGGUUGACAUGGAUUGUAUUUUUCUUUGUUACAAAAAUGAGAACCUGUACUUAAUGAUUUUUGGCAAGGUUUUUGUAGUGUACUGUUGUCCAGAACAAAUAUUUUUCUUUCACUCCAACGUUUACGGCCAUAGUUAUCAUGUUUCAAAUUGGAGCGUGUGCAAUAUGAUUGCUCAUUCGUGUGAAGGGUGAUAUGGAGGAAGAAAGAAAUGUGGUAUAAUAUCAUCCUGGUAUGUUUGUUGGAAAUGUGCACCUGCUUCUGCAUUGCAAGUAUGAGAUGUGGCUGUGUGGAAGAUUGGGAAAGAAAUGCGUGGCAAAAGAGAAAUCGUGGUCGCGAAAUGUGCAGAAUGUUGGAGAACAUAAUUAUUUUAUAUUGUAUUUGAUAUUUGUUUUGGUGGGUGUCUCUACCCCUUUUCUGCAUUUCAAAGAGUGUGUGUGUUGUUGUUAUGGCAGCGUAGUAUAGUGCAUCAGUUUUUUACUGACUGUUCUUGCCUAUAGUUAUGAUUUUUUAUGGCACAGAGCUUACGACUGGACUACAUGUCUGCAGUGAAUGUGUUGAUCUUGUGAUAUUUGUCUUCGGUACUCUCAAUUUUGUCAGCUACUAGUCAUAUAUGUGUUGAAAGAUUUGAUUUGGGCUUCUGAAAUAAAGACUGUAAGCUCUAUGAAAAUGUGAAGAAGAACAAAAUUGUGAAUAUUUGUGUGAAAAUAUGGAAUAAUAUACAUAUAAAGCUUUAAGAAUGUAGAAUUUUUCAGUUUUAUUAAUAAAAACACUUUACUUUUUGUAUAGAGUACUUAAAAAGUAAUCAGUUUUGGCUUCAUUACCUCUAGCAGUAACUGGCUGAAUAUAACAGGGUAUUUAAAUGCUUCCCCGUUUUAAUCUUUAAACAAUUAAUUUUUUUCUUAAUCCUGUCCAAAACAUUGUUUCUUUUUUUUUUUCUUCUUAAAUAAAAAAAAAACUUUGAGCAAGAAAAUAUGUAUUGUGUCUUUUCAUGACCUGGUAAACCACCAUGUUGAUUUGGAUUAUCUGACUGACAGCUGGCAAUCACAUUUAAUUUGAGUUGUUUAAUUAUUUUUUUCACGACCUCAUGAAGAGUGUACCACCUGCAUGCUGAAGGUCACAGUCGGGUCAUUGCAUAAACAAAACAACGCUAGACUUGGCAUUCCCGUAAUUUUUUUUGUUUUAAUUUACUUUGAUGGGAAGAUUGGCAUUGUUCCUAAUGACAUUUAAAAACGUGUUUUCCCGAAUAACUGAAUUGGUUAAAAAAAAAGUGAUGUGUCCUAGAAACAAUUUCUCAUUUUUAAGUAGGGAAGUGCGCCUUCACUGAAAGAAUAUUUUUAUUGUGAAGGUUUAUACCUUUCCCCCAUCGACAAUUUAGAUUUUGAUCAUUUAGGAGACGAGCUGAUCUAUCUACCAAGGUUUUGUAGAUUGAUAUCCAGCAGACAGACAGAGCUGCUCUCGAUGUUAUAAAGAUACCAGUCUCGCCCCGACAGGUGGAGCUGUUCUUGAUAUUAUUAUAUAAUAGAUACAAUGGAGUCUGCUUAAACCGAACACGAUAAAAUCGUAAAACAUCGGCAACCAGAGAGAAAAUGUUAAAAUAAUCCACGAUUUCCCCCUAUCUGUUUGAGCAACCUCUCUAUACUGAAAACCCGGCUAAACCGAAGAAAAUUCGGCAGAUUUCAGAUUAAGGGGACUUCAUCGCGCAGAUAGACCGAGCUGUACUCUGAAAAAUUAAAAUAAACAUUCUUCCCCUGGUGCGGGGCUUGAUCUGAAUUCUCAUUUCUGACGCGUAUGAUGAUUGAAGUGUAAUAAACAUCAGUUGACCGAGAUUAAAAAGUUUUCGGUGCCUAUGUCUCGAAUUGUGGUCGGUAUCUCUAAAUUUAAACAUAUCAGACAGAACUCAACGAUGAUAAUAUGAGACAAAAUAACUAACUACUCUCUAUUGUUUUUGUGAAAUGGGACCGUCUUUGGAUAAUUAAUUGAUGGGCAGUGGUUUUAGUCGUGUCUAAAAAUAGUAAAAAAGUGCGUGGUUGGACACCUGUUGAUCAGUCAUAGCCUAAUCUUCGUCAACCUGGUCUUUUUCCUGGACUUGAAAUGUGCUACUGGUGUGCAGCGUGUUUGUGUGUGUGUUUGCGUGCGCGCGUGUGUGUGUGUACGUGUACACGUCAAAAAGAGAGGGAGUGAGUAUGUGUGUGUGUGUGUCUUGGGGUGGGGGAUUUCAGUCAAGAAAGGAAGCUUGUGACUUUGAGACAGACAUGUGAGUAUUUGAGUUUGAGUGUUAUAAUAUGCGUAUGGUAGUAACUCAUUCGUGAAAAUGUGCACUUUGUUUGACUUGAGUGUGUUUUCAAUAAUAAUAUUAUUAAAAUUGAUGUAUAUUGUUUCAAAUUUUUAUUUCAAAUGAGUAUAAAUAAACCGAUGUCUAAAAUGA